GUGCAGGCCUGGCCUCUGUUAUCUCUGGUCUGUUUUGCUAGCUGACAUUGGAGUAACUUAGGAGGAUAUUAGUGGCGCCCAAACUGAGUCUUAACAUCAAUCUUAGAUUAUUGGUGUGAGCGAUGUAAGGAGAAUAGAAUUGCAGAUCGAAAUCCAAAGUAUCAUCACAAUUCAUAGACUCAAACGCUAUCUAAAACAGCCUUAAGUCGGUCACAGUGGAGCAGUUACAUUCGUUAUUCGUCUUCCAAUGCAUAUUGAGUUGUAUUGCAGCGUAGUCGUUAUUCAUCGUUUCUUUCGCUUUAACCAUGUUUAGCUUUCCAUUAUUUCUCAUAUUGUUUUCUGUACGUUUGCUAAUUCUCGAUAGAUGCACUUUAUCGUAGGGUAGGGACUUUGGCGGAUACAUAUAUGUAUAUGUAUAUGGUCAGAGACAGAUCGUAUCUAACUACCAGCCUGUCAGUCUAACUAGCAUUGUCGUUAAGUUACUUGAAAAGAUAAUUCGGGUUAGGUUGCUAAGUCACAUAGACUCACACAAUCUGUUAACUCUUGAGCAGCAUGGAUUUCGUAACAGGCGUUCAUGUCUUCAGUCAUAAAGAUAGUAGGUCGGUGAACCUGUGUUAAUCCUAACAGAUUGCCUUACAGUGAAGGUCCAGUUUCUCCUUGAAAAUAUUCACUGACAGGGCUGAUACCACUUGUUCGGGCAAGGCGUUUCAAUCAUUGACUACUCGAUGAGAGAAACGGAACCCCACUUUAAGUUUAUUAGAUGCUUGACUAACUUACUUAUUGCGAUAGAGGAUCGGACAGCAGCCUUAGAUAAAUGUCUGUCUGUCGACGUGAUAUUCAUAUAUUUUAGCAAAGCAUUUGACAAGGUUUCACACUUAGGUCUUAUGCAGAAGCUCACGAGCUUCGGAAUAAUAGGUGCUGUACAGGAGUGGAUAGGAAACUUCUUAUGUGACCGCAGACAGAGAGUGAGGGUCAAUGGAACGCCAUCCGAUUGGAAGCCGGUCAAAAGUGGUGUACCCCAAGGCACCAUCUUAGGCCCUCUGCUCUUCCUUCUCUACGUUAACAAUUUACCGCUGUUGCUUAGGUCGUCAACAUUAUUGUUUGCGGAUGACGUGAAAAUCUGGAGAACAAUAAAAAGUGAGGCUGAUCAUUUGGAUCUCCAAGCUGACUUAGACGACUUAGUUGGAUGGGCUAGAGGUUGGGGCUUAGAUUAGAAAUCAAUUCUUGGAAGAGUGUGCUAAUGCACAUCGGUUACGGUAAUAGUUACCAUUAUACUAUUGAUGGUAAACCUCUUCCAUGCGUUCAAGAACAUAAAGACUUAGGAGUAAUAAUAAGUCAUGACUUAAAAACAACUACGCAUUGCAACGCAGCCGCUGUCAAAGGUUUUCGUGCGUUGUGGUCACUUCGCCGAGCGUUCAAAUCCUUUGACGAGGAAAUGUUUCGAAUUUUAUAUCCCACCUAUGUAAGACCACAUUUAGAGUACUGUAUUCAAGCAGCUAGCCCAUGUCUGAUAAAGGAUACUACCUCACUCGAGCGUGUCCAGCGUGUGGGAACGAAAUUAGUGAAGGGUCUUUUUAAACUCCCUUAUGAUGAGCGUUUAAAACGCCUAAACCUUUUCCCCUUGUCGUAUCGUAGGACUCGAGGUGACCUUAUACUGGCAUUUCGUAUCUUUAAUUAUGAUUUGGUGUUAAUAUGUCUUAUCUUUUUGCUCCAUCCAGCACUAAUAAUCUCCGAGGUUAUAGCGCUAUAACCUUCUUGCGCAAGAAGGUCCACAAACUGCGAUCUAAUAAACUCAAAGUGAGGUCCCGUUUUUCUCAUCGAGUAGUCAAUGACUGGAACGCCUUACCGGAACAAGUGGUACCAGCCCCAUCAGUGAAUAUUUUCAAGGAGAAACUGGACCUUCACUGGAAGACAAUCUGUCAGGGCUAACACAGGUUCACCGACCUACUAUCUUUAUUACUGAAGACUGACUUUCUCGGAUCUCACGUUUUGGAUGACUAACUGACUGAAAAUCCCUGUUAAAGAUUAUGUUUAGGUUCAAUAGAAGUGAAAAUGGAUUGCCCAACCUACAUUGUGUACAACCAUCAAAGGUAUUGGUUACAAAACGGUCUUGGCAAGCAGUUCCCAUGUGGGCUAACUUUCCUGUACAACAUGACGGUCAAACAAUUAAUCUCAUGGGGAAUAAGAGCAAAGUAGAAUCACUUACUGUUUGUGAUGCUACGGAUGCUUCAAUUUCAAAGCAAAUUUCUUUCGAUGAACCAUCCAGUUCCUUUGUUACUCCACAUUCAAGUGCUCCUCCAUUGUCUACUAUUGUUCAGCCUGAGGAUGAAAUAAGGCUAGUUGAGUUUCUUAAAGUUCAUGGAUUUCGGUGGUAUCAAGUUGUGAUAUUUUUCAUUUCUAUAAUGAGUUACCUCGCAGAUAUUGCAUCCGAUGCAUAUUUGGUUUAUACGUAUUACAUUCAGGAAGAUUACUACUGGUCUGGUUUAACAAUGAUUUUCAUGGUUGUUCCUGCUCUCUUGAUGUCCAGUUUCAGUCUUGCGUGGUAUUUCAUUGACUAUAAAGUUCGAGUUGAUCCUCCGCGCAGCUAUCGAACAUGGACGUUUAGACUAUUGUUUCAUGGACUCCAGUUGGCCCCACUAGUGAGGGCAGCUGACGCUAUCUACUACGGUAUAGCGAGUCGACGACCCGGGUUAAGUCUUCGUGUAGCUGCACAAUAUACACAGUUGAUGCUUUAUGAAGAUGCUGAUUGUGCUAUGCUUCGUUUGAUAGAAUGUUUUACUGAAUCCGCUCCACAACUUCUGUUACAGUUGUACAUUAUUUUAACGCAACCAUAUCCCGCACCUAAAUUUCAAAUGACUGCACAAUUCGUUUCAUGUGUGUUUUCAUGGCUUUCAUUGGCGUGGUCGUUAACCUAUUACCAAUCUGCUCUACGCAGUUCACGUAUUGAAAAAAGAAAUAUCCAAACCUUAGGUAUUAUAUUCUUCUUUUUCUGGAAGGCUGGAGUGCUAGCAUCACGAUUACUGGCUCUGGGUAUACUUGCUUCUGUUGUAAACGGAUUUUGGUUUGUAGUAGCGCUCGGUAUUCAUUGGUUGUUGGCUUCUGGUUGGUUAAUCACUCGCGGGACGACGUUUUGUUCAUCUAAUUCACGAGCAUUAGGAGAACUGGCCUUUGAUUUUGUAUUAGGUGCAGUUUAUUGUUUUGAUGUGGUCAAUAUUCGUGAAGGACGAAGUCGAAUGUGGUAUGUAUCAUGUUACUUAAUAUUUGGCAUUGAAAACUCAGUGUGUGCGUCAUUGUGGUGGGUAACACAUUCAUUUAUUGAUGCAAGUCUUCCAAAAAGUGUGUUCAAAAAUCAACCAUCCACAUGGAACACCGUUUUACCUCCAUACACUCUUCUUAUUAUCGUGAUGUGUAGUUUUUGUAUGGGCAUAGUGAUGAUGAUCGUUUAUUACAUUACGUUUCAUCCAUCGGGAAAGAUUGAAUUAUGCAUUCCGUGUGAUGAACUGAUAAUAACUUCAGAACCGCAAGAUUCAUUAACCAUCGACCCAAAUAUUCAACUGUCAGAGAAAACUAUCCACUUAUCAGUAAAAUCAUAAAACGGACAGCUUAACAGUUUGCAAGAACUAUUAACAUUCAUCAAUUUCCACACACAACAAUCACUUCCGUCGGCUGGCGAAAAAAUGUAGUCAAAGAAUUAAAACAACAGGCUUGAUGCCAUCAACAGAUUGGCAACGAAAAUUUUUAUAUAAUAGAAAUAUUAGUUUGUAUGUAUGACAAAACAGUUGUUCAUCAAUUCAAGUUUUUAUUUUAAUGAAGACCAGUAAAGUAUAUCAGAAUAAAUAUAGUGUUACUUAAUUUAUUGACCAACACCCUAACCUAGUGUUCCGUUGGCAGUUGGUUACUAUAGAUGAUUUUACUUUCAAUUACUGGGAUUAGUUGUACUUGCAAGUAAAAUGGUGUAGAUAGACAGACUUAAGCGCCAUACGACAUUUAAAUGUGAUUUCUGGUCCUUCAAUAGCAAAAAUAUAUUAUCUAUAAAAUCCACUUAACAGUUUAUCAGAAUACUUAUAAGACGUUUGUCAGUUUUGAAGUCACAGCCGUAAUUUCAAACAAACUGGUAGGAAGUCUUUUACACACCAAAUACCAAAUAGCAGCGCAC